CACUCCCAGGGAGAAGGAAAGCCCUGGACACGGCAGCAUGAGUAGGGUUAGCAGGCUGCAUGUGGGGAUCCUCGUGCCUACAGACUGCGGGGUCCCCGCCAUCGAGCCUGUGCUGAGUGGCCUGUCCAGGAUCGUCAAUGGGGAGGACGCUAUCCCGGGCUCCUGGCCCUGGUAGGUGUCCCUGCAGGACAGCACUGGCUUCCACUUCUGCGGAGGCUCUCUCAUCAGCGAGGACUGGGUGGUCACUGCCGCCCACUGCAGGGUCAGCACGUCUCACCUGGUCGUGACUGGGGAGUUUAACCAGCGCUCAGAUGAGAACAUCCAGGUCCUGAAGAUUGCCAAGGUUUUCAAGAACCCCAAGUUCAACAUGCUGACCGUCCAAAAUGACAUCACCCUGCUGAAGUUGGCCACGCCCGCCCGCUUCUCCCAGACCGUGUCCCCCGUGUGCCUGCCCGAGGCGACAGACGAAUUCCCCCCUGGUUUGCUGUGUGUCACCACCCGCUGGGGAAGGACCAAGUACAACGAUUUCCCUGAAGAUUGAUCUUGGGGGAGGCCGCCUCCUGGAGCUUGAAAAUCGCAAUCC